UGGAGUCAUGGGUGUACAAGUAGCACAGAAAUGGGCUGAGCACUAGUAAUUCGCGGGUGAGCGGUUUGUUCACCCGCACCCACCUGCAGUAGCUAAAGAUCCAUCCGCAACCACCCGACACACUAUGCGAUAAAGUGAAAAUCUGAAGCCCGCACUGGACCCAAAACCUCAAAUAUGGAAAAUGCGCAGUAGCCUACAGAAUGCGGGGGAAAAAAAUGGCCAGGAUUUCAAAAAUAGGUCUAUGUUUCUGUUUUACAUUUUUGCCAACUCUCAGGCCGUGAAACACUAAUCACUGCACACCUUAUCUAACGCGCAUUGAAAAGUACUGCUUUUAUUCUUCUAAUUAGUCCAUUAUAGUCAGUGCAUUAACUUUUCAACUGUGCUCCAAAUCGUUUUGAAAUCGGAGCAUCUGCGACUGCAAUUGAACAUCACGAGCGAACCUCUAUCCUGUCUUGCUACAACGGUGAAAUGCGGAACAUUGAAGCAUAUAAUUGGUGAAGUUAUGUUACGGAUCAAGGGGAUUGGAUGCAUGUUUUAAAGAAACAACCCUCAAGAUUAGAGUGGAAAUUAAUGGCGAUAAAGGUUCUAUCACUGAGUUUAAAAAAACGUAUGUACAAUGUUGUCAACAAAAUUAGGUUGCUGUUACUCCCGCCCCUAAUUGCAGAAUGCAGCCUUUUGACAGCAUAUUUAAUCCACACUAGCAAAAGUGAUUUUGGUGAUUGGCAUUUAGGCUGUGACAGACCCAGAGUGUUUUAGCAGGGACGUUUGGUACAGUGACCUGAUUUGGAACUAUGAAAAAGAAUUUAGUCAAACAGGUUAUGAACCCAAAAGUGUACAUUUUAUUCUAGAGGGUGGACAAUAAAUAGAAACAUAAUUUAGUUUAGUGUGUAGGGGCAGAUUUGUCAUCUUGUCUUUGGGAUAUUUGCUAUAUUUAGUCUGAUCAGUGGAAUAAUUGUCAUUCUUAACAAUGAGCAACAAUAUAGGGUCAUUCCUGUGCUUGUCAUCAAGAACACUACUGUUAUUCCCCACACUUAUUUUAUAGUUCCACUUCCCAAUGUUGCCAGUGUUAUCACAUAUUUGAAAUCUGAUGUGACUACUUGUCUUUGUAAAUUAAUUAUAUGAGGCUAUGUAUUUUUGCAGCCAUUCAUGGACAGUUUUGAAUAAGCCAUACAAAUAAGCAUGGGAUAUUAAAUGCUCUAGGAAUCAAAUAUAAUUUGACAUGUUAGGGGGACUCAACUUGUUCACAUCAAUGUGUUUUCCAAUAAUACUCUGAAUACUCCAAUGACACUCCCUGUGAGUCUUCUCUCUCAUCCUCUCAUUCUGAAUGCAGUCCGUGUGUCCAUAUUCAAAUGAGAGCGAGACGUUGCCUACACAGGUGUAAAGAUCAAAUGCUGCGUCCGCAGUUGGUUUGUUCUCACUCCUUUUGAACAAAGAAGUCUGAAUCGUUCCAGUCGAAGGAUGGGCAGGAUUCAACACCUGAUAUUAUGGGCUGUGUUGGUGGUGUGUUGUGUAGCUGAGAGACAGUACUUCUUCCAGUCCAACUCCUCCACUUGGGAACAGGCCAGGCUACACUGCCAGGUGUGCUACAAGGAGAUGGUGAGCCUGACCCCUGAAAACAUCCAGCAACUUGCCCAGAACCUGACCUCUUCUUACUGGAUCGGCCUCCGCAAAACCAUGAACAACGGCUCCUUCCCCUGGUCCCGCUGGUCCAACGGAAACCCCCUCGCCUUCCAGAACUGGUACCCCGGUCGCCCCAUACUCUCCAAGCCCAAGAAUCCUGUGAACAUCUUUAACAACUACUAUUCCAUCCGCCCCAAUUACUGUGGGUGUUGCUGCACCAAUAACAGCAACUCUACCAGCGUUCCCCCGGUAACUACUGUUAAUAGUAGCUACCAUGGUACUGACUUCGGUAACUCUACAGAUGACCUUUUCACAGGAAAGGUAAACAUGACUGCAUCGUCAACGAAGACACCAGCCGUGACAAAGAUGACGUCUGUCAUGACGGGAUCAACGUUCUUUACUGGAGUUACUGGUGGCAUCAAUGGCACCAAUAUGACUAGUGGGAACAAUGGGACGAAUGAAACUGAGACAGACGUGUACAUUGAGGAGCCUUGCAUAGCCAUGCUCAGUUUUGGACUUUGGUUCGAUAAAAUCUGCUCAGAGCUUCUUCCUUAUAUCUGCUAUGAAGACCGUUUCUACGGUAAUGCCACCAUGACCAACAAGACACUACACAGCGCGACUCUGAGCUGGACCCGUGGGCCUGGUGACAUCAGCGGAUACAGGAUGGAGGUCAAGUCCACUGACUACAACCUGACCCUAAACCACAGCAGUCUGAACCAGACCUAUGACCUUUCUAACCUCACCGCCGGAACCCAGUACAGAGUCCAGGUGUUCCCCAUUAAGUGUGGAAGAGACCUCAACCCACAGAACGUCUCCUUCUACACCAAGCCUGGCGUGAUCCAAAAACUCAAUGUCGCCAAUGUCUCAGAAACAAGCAUCUUCCUGACCUGGUUCGCUCCUGAGGGCAACCAUGACUUGUACAACAUUCAGGUGAGGGGUGAACCCGACCUGAAAAUGACCACACGCACAGAGAGCGCCCUGGUCAAAGGCCUGAUACCAGGAGGGCUUUACACGUUUGAGGUCAAUGCCGAGGUGGAGGACAAGUCCAUCGAGGGAGAUCGGCUGCAUAUCCCCUCCUACACCAAACCAGGAAUGGUGUCAAACUUAAAGCCGACGGCUCUUACUAAUGACAGUGUCCAAUUCCAAUGGGAACCGCCGACAGGUAACACCUCUGGGUACAGAGCGUACGCCUGGAGAGAAGGAAACAACGGAACGGUUGACAUAUUCAGGCUGGAACGGACAUACACGACUCUGAUGGUGGGGAACCAGUCGCCAGGUGCCAAGAUCUGGCUGAGCGUUGUGGCACUGGUGCCCGACGGAUCGGUUGAGGGAGAACCCAGCAAAGUGAUUGGCCGCACCACUCCAGGUGAAGUUACAAACUUACUGCUGGACAUUACUGAGGACACCAUCAGAGUGUCCUGGACACCUCCUCAGGGAAACUACGAGACAUUCAGUGUUCAGCUCAAGCUAAACGCUUCUAACAAGGAAGUGGAAACAGAGAAUACAACUAACAGUCAACUCUCAUUCACCAAGCUAAAGGCAGGAGCUGAAUAUUUAGUGACAGUCACCACUCUGAAUGGGUAUCUCAAGAGUUACCCAAUUUCCACUGCAAAUUUCACUCUUCCUCUCCCACCGCAAUCAGCCCAAAUCAAUUCCUUCAAUAAGAGUCAUGUCACCCUGUCAUGGAAAGCCCCCGUGGCAUCCCAAGGUGUACAAAUAAUGUACCUGGUGAAAUACAUAACUGAAUUCUGGAAUGAUACGCAGACGUACGAGACACACGCAACCAACUAUACAUUUCAUGAGUUGCAUGCUGGGACCAAUUACACCUUCGAAGUACGAGUGAAGGCGGGAACCCAGGAAAGCCAGCCCGUCCAAACAUCACAGACCACAAGUGCUACGGUGAGAGUUCGAACUAUGACUAUGGCGUGUUCCUCCAGCGAACCUUCCAUCUGUGAGGAUAGCGGCACACGGACAGAGGUCCUGCAAAAUUUGAUUAGCCAUUUCCGCAAGUGGUUCAGCAAGAUGGAAAAUGAAACUUUGGUUGAUAAGGUGUUCUGGGAACUGGAGUGGCGAGGGGCAUAAUUACACACACACACACACACACACACACACACACACACCACACACCACACACCACACACAAUCACAAUCUAUUCAAUAUAAUUUCUUAGUCAAGAUUAAGAUGAAUUGUAUUUUGAUAAUAAUAAAUUCUAACAAUAGAUAAAUGAAAAGUUGGAUGUGUGCCAAGAAUGUAUGUGUUUUGAAUUUCUUGUCUAUCCUUGUUUUCCUUGUUUUCAGGAUGUGAUGUAUGUUUUACAAAUGCAUUUUAGUAAGGUAUUUUCUCUGACCAAAUUACUGAAUAAAAAGCUGACUGUC